AAAUGAAAUUCAGAAUUGAAAUCAUUUUUGGGAAUCUCCUCUUUCUCUUCUCUCUUUCGUCGAUCGCUUCUCCACAUCCACCCUCUUCUCUUCGCCUUCCCCUUCUCAACUCUCUCAUCUUCCUUUCUUCUUUGUUCUAAUUUUGUCUUCUUCUUCUUCUUCUCCCCUGCUGAAGCUCUGAGCCCCCAGAGUGCUUCUUCUGCUCGUACUUGUUACCACUGGUACGUAGGUUUUUAACAGGGAAAUUUCCCAAUUCUAGGUGUUCUAUCAGUAUCUAUAAUUUCCGGAUGGACGAAAGAUUUCUGUCGACCCUUUUCGCCCUAUUUACUUUUAUUUGCUUUCUUAUGUAACUAAAUCCAUUCCGCAGCUUUGCUUUGUCUGCUAUUGCUCCGUGACUUAUCUGCUGAUGUUCUGAUUUGUUAACAGGAUUUGACUGAUCUUAGUCCUGUUAAAUUGGUUUUUUUUCUCUGUUUGAAAAAUAGUCUGUUUCAGGAUCUUCUUGUUUCUUUGUGAUAUGGCAUAUGUCCAAAUUCAAGAAAAAAUGCUGCUUCCACGACAGCAAUCACAGCAGGGUACACUGCAAACUUCAUUUUCCCUUGUGCCAGUAGAUGGCCUACCUCAAGAGGAACCCAGAUCAAAUUCUGGUCAAGUUCGGGAGUCUCCUACAGAGAGUGCCAGUUCUCGAGAAACUUGGCCUAAUGUUGAAGCCAUGUUGGCAAAGAAGAUGGAAAAUGGGAAGACAGAGAAUGAUGAUGCUGAGCAUUCAGUUGUUCACCGUUUUUCCAGUGCUGAUAAGAUAUCCCUCAGGGAUAUUGCAAGGGAGAGAGUAGAUUUAAUCUCUGAAAAGAUGCAUCGAUUACCCAAUGAGUUUCUUGAAGAGUUGAAAACUGGGCUUCGAGUUAUCCUCGAUGGUAAUGGUGGUUCACAGCAGAGAGAGGAGAUUUUCAUUUUGCAGAAGCUUGUUCAGAAUAGAACUGAUUUAACAGCUAAGACUCUACUUAUUGCCAACCGGGUGCAACUUGAGAUCCUUGUUGCAAUAAAUACUGGAAUUCAGGCAUUCUUGCACCCAAAUAUUACCCUCCCACAGACUACUCUAAUUGAGAUCUUUGUGUACAAGAGGUGCAGGAACAUAGCAUGUCAGAAUCAGCUGCCAGCGGAUGACUGUACAUGUGACCUAUGCUCCAACAGAAAGGGUUUCUGUAAUCUUUGCAUGUGUGUAAUAUGUAAUAAGUUUGAUUUUGAAGUAAAUACCUGUCGUUGGAUUGGUUGUGAUCUGUGCUCUCAUUGGACUCACACGGAUUGUGCCAUUCGUGAUGGAAAAAUUUGCAUGGGUUCAUCUGCCAAGAGUGCACCUGGGCAAACUGAAAUGCUUUUCAGGUGCCAAGCCUGCAAUAGAACGUCAGAGCUGCUGGGUUGGGUUAAGGAUGUUUUCCAGCACUGUGCACCUGCCUGGGACCUGGAUGCUUUGACAAGGGAACUCGACUAUGUUAGUAGAAUAUUUCGUGGAAGUGAGGACACCAGAGGGAGGAAGCUUUUCUGGAAGUGUGAAGAUCUUAAAGAAAAAAUGAAAAAUGGGAUUGUGGACUUGUCAGUGGCAUGCAGGACUAUAUUAGCAUUUUUCCAAGAACUUGAGUUAGACUCCCCAAGAAGCAUGGAAAAUGGGGAAGGUGGACGACUGAUAGCCCCACAGGAGGCUUGCACCCGCAUUGCUGAUGUGGUACAGGAGGCUAUAAGAAAAAUGGAAAUAGUGGCUGAGGAGAAGAAGAGGAGAUACAAAAAAGCACGAAUGGACAUUGAGGCAUUUGAGCGUGAGGUCGAGGACAAGGCCAGGGAAGCAGCAGAAUUAAAGCUAGAGAAACAGAGAAAGAAGCUACAAAUUGAAGAGCUGGAGAAAAUUGUGAGGCUUAAACUUGCAGAAGCUGACAUGUUCCAACUUAAAGCAAACGAGGCAAAACGAGAGGCGGAAAGGCUCCAGAUGAUUGCUUUAGCCAAAUCCGAAAAAUCUGAAGAAGAUUAUGCUAGUAGUUACCUGAAACAACGAUUGAAGGAGGCCGAGGCAGAGAAACAGUUUUUGUUAGAGAAGAUUAAGCUGCAAGAAAGUUUUCGUUCACAGGGCAGUGGCGGAGCAGAUCAGUCCUAGAUCCUUAUUCCUCACACAUUUUCAAAUGUCGUUUUGUGUAUCGUACCUGUAUUGUACCAUGUACCAACUAAAAUGAUGGUCACCCUUUGAGGAAAUAUACUUGAAGAAUAUACGAAGUAUUAGGAAGAAGCCAUAAAGCUGACUGGAAUUAACUAUAUAUGUGUUUUGGGGGACUGUAAUGUUUUCUAUUUUUUUAUCUGUAGAUCAUUGUUUAGCUAUCAACAAAGUCCUAACCUGUCAAGGCAUUUGAAACUUGUCCUGGGUUUCAUUUCAUUUAUGUAAGAUGAUGAUACACUAAUUUGUGUUGCUCCAACAAUAUUGUGGUUUGAUGAAA